GCGGCGCUGGAGUCCCGGGCCGCGCGCGACCCCCGCCCCGCGCGCCCCCGCGGCCCCGCGCGCGCCCCCGGCGGCGGCGGCGGGUCCAGGAUUCCAUAUUUGGGAGUUGCUGUUUAACCAUGUUUGCCAGUCUGGAAUUACCUGAAGUCCUGUCACACACCCCAAAAUACUGAAGUUAUAAAAUUUGCUUUGAUCAACUGGAAUACUUCUCAAGUGCAGCACGAUUCUGCCAGGACCCCCCUCUGUUUGUCCUUGUGGAGGAACAGCUUGGACACUGCCAUGGCCACCAUUGUCAGCCUCACACAGUUGGUCUCACAGAGCCCAACACUGGGUCACCAGCAUCACCUUGACGUCUGACAGGCUCCCAUUGCUGGAAACAAUGGUUUUGGAUGACCUACCCAACUUAAAAGACACAUAUGCCUCCAUGUACUCCUCAGCUAUGGAAGACUUAGAGGUGGAUUUUGAUUCAGGACUGGAGGAAGAUGAACUGAAACAGGAGGCUGCUCCUGGGGAUUCCACCAUCUUUGUAGCUUUUAAAGGAAAUAUAAGUGACAGAGACUUUGAGCAGAAGCUGGAUACCAUACUGAAGAAUGUGCCUAGCCUUUUACACAUGGAAUCCAACAAGUUGAAAGUGCAGAAGAUAGAGCCUUGGAACAGCGUUCGUGUCACCUUCAACAUCCCCCGGGAAGCUGCCGAGCGGCUGCGAAUCCUGGCUCAGAGCAACAACCAGCAGCUCCGAGACCUGGGCAUUCUCUCUGUCCAGAUUGAGGGGGAAGGUGCUAUCAACUUGGCUUUAGCCCAGAGCAGGAGCCAGGAUGUUCGGAUCAACGGGCCGCUGGGAGCGAGCGCCGGCAUGCGCAUGGACACGGGAUUCCCCCUGCAGGGGGGGCCAGGUUUAAUAAGAAUGGGCAAUGCUGCAGCUGUUAUGAUGUCCCAGGGUGGAAAUGUGCCCUCCUCUAUGGUGGCAAGUGGUGCUAGUGCUGAGCUGCAGCCACGAACACCUCGGCCUUCCUCACAGCCAGAUGCAAUGGACCCACUCUUAUCUGGGCUAAAUAUACAGCAACAAAAUCAUCCAUCUGGAUCUUUAGCCCCCCAGCUGCAUUCAAUGCAGUCAGUUCCUGUAAACAGGCAGAUGAACUCAGCCAACUUUCAGCAGCUACAGCAGCAGCAGCAGUUGCAGAACCGGCCUCCCCAGCCACAUCAGCAGCCCCAGCAGGGCAUCCGACCUUCAUUCACCUCACCAGCACAGGUUCCAGUUCCCCCUGGCUGGAACCAGCUUCCUUCUGGAGCACUUCAGCCUCCUCCAACCCAGGGAGCACUGGGUACACUGACAGUAAACCAGGCUUGGAAAAAGGCCUCAUUGCCUGGACAGAUGCAGCAGCAGCUUCAAGCAAGACCAUCUCUAGCAACAGUACAAACUCCUACUCAUCCUCCACCUCCAUAUCCUUUUGGAAGCCAGCAAGCUUCCCAGGCUCACUCAAACUUUCCCCAGAUGAGCAAUCCUGGCCAGUUUACUGCUCCUCAAAUGAAAAGCCUUCAGGGAGGGCCCUCACGGGUUCCUACACCACUACAACAGCCCCACCUGACCAACAAGUCUCCUGCUUCUUCUCCCUCCUCCUUCCAGCAGGGCUCUCCUGCCUCAUCUCCAACUGUUAACCAGACACAGCAGCAGCUGGGACCAAGGCCUCCCCAGAGUAGCACUCUUCCCCAGGGAUUCCAGCAGCCUGUCACUUCUCCUAGUCGUAAUCCUAUGGUGCAACAGGGGAAUUUGCCCCCCAACUUCAUGGUGAUGCAGCAGCAAAACCAAGGUCCACAAGGUUUACACCCUGGUUUGGGAGGAAUGGCCAAGCGGCUCCCCCCGGGGUUCCCUGCAGGCCAGGCUAACCAGAACUUCCUGCAAGGCCAGGUGCCCUCCACAGCUCCAGGAACAGCAGGCAACAGUGGAGCUCCACAGCUGCAAACCAGCCAGAGCGUGCAGCACACAGGUGGCCAAGGAUCUGGACCUCCUCAAACUCAGCUGCAAGCAGCACAUGGCCCACCAAAUAUGAUGCAGACCAAUCUAAUGGGACUUCAUGGAAAUAUGAACAACCAGCAGGCUGGUGCUAGCGGGGUGCCACAGGUUAACAUGGGCAACAUGCAGGGACAGCCUCAGCAAGGACCACAGUCCCAGCUAAUGGGGAUGCAUCAGCAAAUUGUGUCCUCUCAAGGACAGAUGGUGAACAUUCAGGCUCAGGGAUCACUGAACCCUCAAAACCAGAUGAUACUUUCUCGAACUCAGCUCAUGCCACAAGGCCAAAUGAUGGUGACACCUCAGAACCAAAAUCUUGGUCCCUCUCCCCAGAGGAUGACCCCACCCAAACAGAUGAUUCCCCAGCAGGGACAGCAGAUGCUGUCCACCCACAAUCAGAUGAUGGGACCUCAGGGCCAGGUCAUGCUACAGCAAAACUCAAUGAUGGAACAGAUGAUGACCACUCAGAUGCAAGGAAAUAAACAGCCUUUUAAUACUCAAAAUCAGUCCAAUGUUAUGACGGGGCCAGCUCAACUGAUGAGAGGACCAACCCCAAAUAUGCAAGGAAACAUGGUGCAGUUCACUGGGCAGAUGAUGGCACAGCAAGGCCCUGUGAAUGGGAAUCCUUCUCAGGUGAUGGGAAUGCAAGGGCAAGUUUUAAGACCUACUGGACCUGGUCCUCACAUCUCUCAGCAACUUGGGGAUACUGCAACCACAACAAACAGCGAUGGGAACUUGACACAGAUGUUACCUGAGGUUCCUGUGCAGCAGCCAAACAUGGUGCCUUCUCAUAUGCAAGGAAUGCAAGGAAAUAACAAUGCUUCAGGGAGUCAUUUCUCUGGCCAUGGGCUGCCUUUCAAUACAGGGUUUAGUGGAACUCCCAAUGGGAAUCAGGUUUCCUGUGGGCAGAACCCCGUGUUUCCUGUCAAUAAAGAUGUGACGCUCACGAGCCCGCUCUUGGUUAACCUGCUCCAGAGUGAUAUCUCAGCAGGGCACUUUGGUGUGAACAACAAACAGAAUAACCAGAAUGCCAGCAAGCCAAAGAAGAAGAAGCCUCCAAGGAAGAAGAAAAAUAAUCAACAGCUAGAACAAACAACUUCUUCAGAAUCACGUCCAGCUGGCCUGGAGGAGAGUGAUCAGUCGUCGAUGUCUGGAGACCAAGGAAUGAAUUUAGAUAAGUCAGGCUCUAAACUCUCAGACUUUGCAAGUAGGCCACCAGGUUAUCCAUCUCAGCCAGUGGAGCAAAGGCCUCUUCAGCAGAUGCCACCUCAGCUCCUGCCACACACGCAGCAGCCCCAGCCCCAGCAGCAGCCCCAGGCAGCCCCACAGCAGGGCCAGGCACCCUCCCAGACGCCACAGCAGCAGCAGAUGAUGAUGAUGCUGAUGAUGCAGCAGGAUCCCAAAUCAGUCAGGCUGCCUGUGGCCCAGGGGGUUCACCCCCCCCGGGGGCCCCUGAACCCAGAUGCGCCGCGGAUGCCGAUGCAGCAGAGCGGGAACGUGCCGGUGAUGGUGAACCUCCAGGGGCCCGUGCCUCCAUCUCCUGACAAACAGAGGAUGGCCCUGCCAGGCAAUCCUCCUCUGGGAAACAAUGCAAGAAAAAUGGUUUAUCCAGAUAAUGUACAAAAUCCUUCCAGCUCGCCCCUCAGAGAGGUGUCAUCAGUAUCCUCUCUUCCAGAAGGAGGUGGAGCUGAGGGCCCUCCAGCAUCAGGAGCUCAGAAUAAUGUGACAUCUCAUUUAGUAGUUUCACAGAACCAGUUAAUGAUGACAGGACCUAAGCCUGGACCAUCCCCACUUUCAGCUGCCCAAGGUGCAAGUCCCCAGCAGCAGUCUAGUUCUCUGUCUAGUGCUCUUACUCACCAUUUUCCAAGUGUUGCUGCCCCAUCACAAACUUCAAGGCCUAAAACCCCAAACAGAGCCAGCCCAAGGCCAUAUUACCCUCAGACUCCUAACAACCGUCCACCCAGCACAGAGCCCUCAGAAAUUAGCCUGUCACCAGAGAGGCUCAAUGCUUCUAUUGCUGGUCUGUUCCCUCCCCAGAUCAAUAUUCCUUUACCUCCCAGGCCUAAUCUCAAUAGAGGAUUUGAUCAGCAGGGUCUGAAUCCCACUACUUUAAAGGCCAUUGGACAAGCCCCAUCAAAUCUCACAAUUAACAAUCAGUCCAGUUUCACUGCCUCACAGUCACACAAGUUGGAAAGUGUGGUCAUUAAUUCGGGCAAACAGACCAAUGCUGGAGGAACAAAGAGAGCAAGCCCAAGUAAUAGUCGAAGGUCCAGUCCUGGAUCCAGUAGGAAAACUACACCAAGCCCUGGCAGACAGAAUUCAAAAGCAGCUAAAUUAUCACUGACAACUCAGCAGAAUCCAUCUCUCUUGCAGAACAUGGAAUUACAGAGAAAUGUGAUGUCUGGUCCCUCUUCUUUGCCGACACCCGUGACCACAAGUUUUCAAACCAGCUCCAUGCUAAGUAACCAGAGUCCUGCAGUUUCUGUACCUGCUGUGACUGGCAUUCCUGAAGACAAUAAGGACAGCCUUAGUGUGCCUCAAGAUACAGAGAGUCAAAGUGCACAAGGUGUCCAAGGUAGCAAGGACCAGCCCAGUAUGGAACUGAAAGGUGUCCCUACUUCAGAAAUGAAAGUGCUGGUUCCUGAGGAGCAGGCAAAAAAAGAUGGGCAAGCCUUAGAUAGCAGUAAGCUCCCAGUCAUGGAGGAAAGUAAAGCCAUGGUAUCUCCAGCUAUGAGGGAGGCACCAACUUCUCUAAGUCAACUUCUUGACAAUUCUGGAGCUCCUAAUGUGACCAUUAAGCCCCCUGGGCUGACUGGUCUUGACAUGGCACCAGCAGUCCCCGCUGGUGAGGAACUGAAGAAGAUAGCUGUCAUUCCUCCACUGCAGGAUGCAUCCUUGAGCAAGGAGCCAUCUAACUCACUUAGCCUGCCUCAAAAUAACGAGGCCUGUCCAAAUCCAGGGCACCAGGAACUGGGAGAAGUAAAUGCAAGUGUGGCACAGAGUGCUCCUCCAGUAAUGCAGAGGCCUGUUAGCUCUUCUUCUAUUUCAGGUCCUUUACCCCCUAACCAGAUAACAGUUUUUGUGACUUCCAACCCUAUUACAUCUGCUGCUAAUACAUCAGCUCCAUUGCCAUCCCACUUGCAAUCUGCAUUAGUAUCCACUGUUGUCACCAUGCCCAACGUGGGGAGCAAAGUGAUGGUUUCAGAGGGGCAGUCGGCAGCUCAGUCCAACGCCCGGCCACAGUUCAUCACACCUGUGUUUAUAAACUCAUCCUCAAUCAUCCAAGUGAUGAAGGGCUCUCAGUCCAGCACGAUUCCAGCAGCUCCCAUGACUUCUAACUCAAGCCUGAUGCCUCAGUCAGUCGCAGUCGUUGGUCCCUUGCAUCUCCCACAGAAUAUCAAGUUUUCCUCUGGGCCCACUCCUCCCAGCACCUCAUCCACCAGUCCUGUGUCCAGUAUUCCCACCAGCAGAUCACUCGUUCUGAAUCCCCUGGCAUCUCCUGUCCAGCUGCCUUCUUCCACUGCAGCUCCUUCCAGUGCUCCUUCCCAGCUUCCUGCUCAGCCAGCCAAGGACUUCAGCCCGGAGGAGGCUGCCCAAGGCGCAGGGCCGGCUGAGCAGUGCCCUGUGCCAGCAGCCCAGUCGGGACCUGUUGUUUCCCCUCUGCUCACGAGCAGCCCGGGCUCUGGGAACAGACGCAGUCCUGUUUCAUCCAGCAAGGGAAAGGGGAAGGUAGACAAGAUUGGCCAGCUCCUGCUGACUAAAGCGUGCAAGAAGGUCACUGGCUCCCUGGAGAAAGGGGAAGAGCAGUAUGCUUUGGAUGGAGAAACAGAAGGUCAGGGACUAGAAACGCCGGUCCCAAAUAGUUUGGGAACAGAGCAACCACCAGCAGAACUCGAUAACAAAAGCGGGACACCUCCAGCACCCAGUCUUACAAAACAGAGCACUUCGGUGCCCGGCAGCUCGAGCCUCAGCCCCGCGGCGGCCGCUCCCUCCUGCGCGUCCCCGGGCGCGGCCCCUGCGGCCGGAGCGGCCCCGGCAGCGCCGGAGCCCGCGGGCCCAGGCGGCACCGGCAGCGCCACCGGUACCGGCACCGGUACCGGCACCGGUACCGGCAGCGGCAGCGACCCCGGCGCGGGCCCGGAGCCGAGCGGGCCCGAGGAGAAGCCCGCAGCACCGCCGGAGCUGCUGCAGAGCGCGGCAUCCUCUCAACAUUUAACACAGAAAAAAAGUUCAGUUGCAACAUCAGAAAGUACUGUUCAAAGAACAGAACUUGAGACAAAUGCUGCAGUAGUUGCUGGUCAAAGUAAUGAGACAAAAGAGAAUUGUGAAAAGUCUAAAACUCCAAGUAGAAGAAAUUCAAGAACAGAGGAUUGUGCCACUUCACAGGAAACUGUAGAGAACGGGCAGCGCAAGAGAUCGUCGCGCCCCGCGUCCACGUCCAGCACAGCUAAAGGGUCAGAAAAAUGCUGAUGGACCAAAGUUAUGCAAGAGAGUAGAGAGAGACCGUCAAGAGGCAACAUUCGACCACUAAUUUAAAGAUAAUAUACAGAACAAAGAGGUAUUAAUAUCAAAUGAUUAUAAAAGGAAGUCAAGUUGAAUUCAGCCACCAUUUCCAUACUGGAGGUACUAAAGUGUGAUGGUAAGAAUAUUGUGUUUUCAGAGUUUCAGAGAAGCAUUCCAGCUUUAUGUCAUUGUGCAAUGACUCCCAAAGAUUACACAGGGGAUCUAUAUGUUCUGCACUGUUGUGACUGCUGAAUUUAAUUACAUUUACUUCUUGUGGCAGGACUGUGCAGAAGAAUUUGAGUCUGUAUUGUGAAAAUAAAUUCUCUUUCAUGAUUGUGAAAAAGAGUUUGAAAAAUGUGAAGCCAGUGUAAAAUCCCUGCCUGUGUUUGAGGGGAUCUGGAGAUGUGACCUGCCCCACAGGCUGUACUGGGCAAACCUAAAGAUGGCAACCAGUGACACUUCAAAAUGUGGGAACAGGAAAGUGCAUCAAAUGUAAAUAAUACCAAAACUCUCACAGGGGUUUGUGCUGACUGUGGAAUUGGUUUAACUCUGUAAAUAAACCCUUGUUUUUAAAUGAUGCAUCUGAAGCUGCCACAGUGUCCAAGGGCUUUGCUGGACACUUGGGUGCAGGGGCCACCUGGCUGUGCAUUUCUGUGAGCACACAGCUGCUCCUGAGCUGUGCAGAAUGAGCCAAACCAGCUGCUCUGGGCCAGAGGACAGGCUGCACCUUAGCCAGGUGGCUGCAGGAGUGUCACCUGCUUUGCCACCUGUGCCUGCUCUGUUGUACAUUUUUGUUAGUAAAUCAGAGCUUAAUUAUUCUGGUUUACUUGCUCCUGUCCUCAUUAUGUUGUCUGUGCCCUGAGAAGCCCCCCAAUCCAUGGUAAAAGGAAUGUGGGGCUGGGAGGAUAUCUCUCUUGAGAUAGAGGCUGUUUAAAGUCAUUAUUAGGGAAAAAAAUCAGCAGGCAGAGAGAAGCAGAUGUGACCAGCUGGAGUAGGAACUUGCUUGCUAAGGCUUGGGAAGGAGGAGGCAGCAGGGUCACUGUGAGAGGAGAGCAGAGGAGAAGGGCACACAGGGAGGGCCAGCCCUGCCAUGGGUGCCCAGCACACUCAGGUGCAGGUUUGGGUGCUGGUGAUGCUCCCAAGGGCUGAGCCCUGCUCUCCUUCUCCUCCUCCAAGCACAGAGCAAGGGCAGCAACAGCUGCUGCUGCAGCCAGUUCAGAGCCAGCCCUGCUGCUUGCAGGCUCCAGGCUGGAGACAGCCUGUGGAGAGGUGAAAAUUGGCCCUGUACUGCUUUUCCCUUUUUGGAGUACUUUUCCAGCAAGGGCUGCUUUUAGCAUUUACUGUAGCUUUGAGUUUGUUAAAUUUCGAAAUGUUGAUUGUUUUUUCUAAUUCUACAUGUAACAGCUGUGGAGUUGUACUGCUGCUGUUCUAAUUUUAGAUGGGCUUGGAAAUUUUUUUCCCUUUUGACUCUUAAAAUGCACACAGCUGCAAUAGUUUUUGGAAAACAUUACGAAGAGCCAAAGAGACAUUGCCAACAUUUAAAAUCACAUUUUUUAAAAGAUUUAAAGAUGCAAAUGGCCUUGGUCCUUACUCUUUUUUUUUGUUUUGAAAUGGAAACUUAGUGCCUUGGUAAGUGCACUGGACAUGUCAUCUGCUGCAGGUGUCAACAUUUGUGUCUUUUUGCAUCAGCUGUGUUCCUGUGGCUGGGUGUUCACUGCAGAACACCCAGUUUUUAAUGUUUUUAAUGACUUUCCAAGAGCUCAGACAGCUGGGCUGUUAAGUGGCAUGGCAGGCUCCAGAACAGCUCUGCAGGGCUUGUGUGGCACCAUCUCAUGGCUGUGCUUCCCCCUGUGCCACAGGGGCAGCACAGAGGGGACACUUUCCAGUAUUUGGCUCUUCUUUCAAAGGCUCUUCUGUUAGGUUUGAAUAAAUGAGUGUGGGGCUGCUGGCCCAGGGGUGUCACAGCUGCUCAGGAGUCACUCCCACUGCUGGGGAAUCCUCUGCUCCAGAGCUUUCCACUCUGCUGUGAGUCUGCAAAAAUGACAGGGCAGUCUGUGCCCCUCUGGGGAAUGCUUACCAACUGAGCAUCCAUCCUUGUUUUCUUCUCUUGAUUUCAGAAACGAGUGCCAGUGCAAUGCAGUCAAAAAGAAGAAAAUCCAAGUAAAUUACUGCAUGGAAACAUGAGACUUGUAAAUGAGUGUGAAUUUACCAAUAGCAAUUUUGAGCUGUGAUUUUUCUUUUUUAAAUAAAAUUCUGUACAGUAAGUCAUUUUAAUAUUA